CCCCUGCCCGACCCACUCCUGCUGCCUCUUCCUCCAGGGACGGAUGAGCAGGCUAUCAUUGACUGCCUGGGGAGUCGCUCCAACAAGCAGCGGCAGCAGAUCCUCCUUUCCUUCAAGACAGCUUACGGCAAGGAUUUGAUCAAAGAUCUGAAAUCUGAACUGUCAGGAAACUUUGAGAAGACAAUCUUGGCUCUGAUGAAGACCCCAGUCCUCUUUGACGUAUAUGAGAUAAAGGAAGCCAUCAAGGUGUGGGGUUGCACUGAUGAAGCCUGCCUGAUUGAGAUCCUCGCUUCCCGCAGCAAUGAGCACAUCCGAGAAUUAAACAGAGCCUACAAAGCAGAAUUCAAAAAGACCCUGGAAGAGGCCAUUCGAAGCGACACAUCAGGGCACUUCCAGCGGCUCCUCAUCUCUCUCUCUCAGGGAAACCGUGAUGAAAGCACAAAUGUGGACAUGUCCCGCCAGAGAGAUGCCCAGGAACUGUAUGCGGCCGGGGAGAACCGCCUGGGAACAGACGAGUCCAAGUUCAAUGCGGUUCUGUGCUCCCGGAGCCGGGCCCACCUGGUGGCAGUUUUCAAUGAGUACCAGAGAAUGACAGGCCGGGACAUUGAGAAGAGCAUCUGCCGCGAGAUGUCCGGGGAUCUGGAGCAGGGCAUGCUGGCUGUGGUGAAAUGUCUCAAGAACACCCCAGCCUUCUUUGCGGAGAGGCUCAACAAAGCCAUGAGGGGGGCAGGAACAAAGGACCGGACCCUGAUUCGCAUCAUGGUGUCUCGCAGUGAGACCGACCUCCUGGACAUCAGAUCGGAGUAUAAGCGGAUGUACGGCAAGUCGCUGUACCACGACAUCUCGGGAGAUACUUCAGGGGAUUACCGGAAGAUUCUGCUGAAGAUCUGUGGUGGCAAUGACUGAACAGUGACUGGUGGCUCACUUCUGCCCACCUGCGGGCAACAGUGGUGCCAGGAAAAGGCCAAAAGAAUGUCUGUUUCUAACAAAUCCACAAAUAGCCCCGAGAUGCACCGUCCUAGAGCCUAGGCCUGUCCUCCACCCCUCCUGACCUAUGUAUUGUGCCACAGGACCUGGGUCAGUCUAGAACUCUCUCAGGAUGCCUUUUCUACCCCAGCCCUCACAGCCUCUUGCUGCUGAAGUAGAUGUUUCAUUUUUCUGACUCAUGCAAUCAUUCCCCUUUGCCUGUGGCUAAGACUUAGCUUCAUUUCGUCAUUUAAUUGUAUAUUUUUAUUUGGAGGCAUAUUUUCUUUUCUUACGAUCAUUGCCAGACAGAUGCAUACAAGUCUGUUUGCUGCGUACACAUUUCUGUUGAGGGCGACUGGUUGGGUGAAGUGCCGUGUCCCCGCUGAGGCGAGAAAGGGAAGCAUGCCUGGGAGGGUAGCCUGUGCAUCUGGUGAGUGUGUCACAAGCUUUGUUACUGCCAAACUCACUCCUUUUUAGAAAAAAAAAAAAAAAAAGUCAUUAGUUCCAUCUUCCUUGCAGAAACCACGAGAACAAAGCCAGUUCCCUGUCAGUGACGGGGCUUCUUGUAAUUUGUGGAAUGUGCCUUAAACCUGAAUGUCUGUAGCCAAAACUUGUUUCCACAUUAAAAGCCAGCCAGCUCUGGAAUGUUCUGGAAGUGU